GCACGAGUCAAGCAAGUUUCGGGUCAGCAAAGCGAUGGCGGCCGAAGACUCCCGAGCUCCGCGUCUUUAUCUUUAUUUACGCAUCAUCCAACUUUUUUUCGCCUGCCUACUUGAACACGACUUUUGCCUUGCUCGCAUAAACAUCUCUUCUGCAUACACACGUCAAGCAAUCACAAUGGGUUGGUUCUGGGCAGAUUCGACACCUUCGGCAGCCGUGGCACCUCAUCCCAUGCCAGCGUCAGCCAGCGCCGCUCCUCCUGUAUGCCUCCACUUGUCGCAAUCACUUGCACUCGACUGACACCUCUUGCAGCCAGGAUGUCCCAUGCACAAGCCCGCCGGUGAUUCCGCAGCUACCGCACCACCGCCUUCGAUUAUCACCAAGCCCACGAACUCAGCACAAGCAUGUCCCUACGUGCCACCCACCGCCGACCAAAAGACCCAACAAGUCCAACCCGCCGAACCCUCAGCCGGCUCGCCCUCCUACAUCAGCAAGCUCAACCCCCUCAACUACAUGCCCAAAUCCAUCUCCAACCAACGCGACCACGACGAACAAAGCGUAGACCUCCCCUUGAGCAGAGAAGCCUCCACCAUCCCCCGCGGCGACGGCCAAGGGACUUGGGAAUACCCUUCCCCGCAGCAAAUGUACAAUGCCAUGUUACGCAAAGGCUACACCGACACGCCGGCCGAACACGUGGAAUCCAUGGUCGCCGUCCACAAUUUCCUGAACGAAGGCGCGUGGCAGGAAAUCGUGGAAUGGGAAAAACGCUUUUCCGCUGGCUUGAAACGGGGGUGGGAGGUUUGUCGCCGUGGAGAGGAAAACGCGGGUGUUUUUGCGGAAAUGAUGGCGCGUAGGGAUGCGAUUGCUGGGAAUGGCGAGGCUAGGGAUCCUUCUCUUGUUCGCUUUAUGGGACGGCCUUCGGAAUUGACGCCAAAAGCCCGUAUGCUGCAAGUGAUGGGUUGGCUUUACCCAUCCAAAUACGAAACCGAACCGCCAUUUGACCGCCACGAUUGGUUUGUCCGCAGAGUGCAUCCUGACGGCACAGAGAGGGAAAAGAGAUAUGUUAUUGAUUAUUACUCGGCGCCCGAGGACGAGAGUACAGGAGAGCCAGUCUUCUACUUGGAUGUCAGACCCGCCGUCGAUGGCCCACUUGAUGCAGCCGAGAGGGUGGUGCGAUGGGGCGGAGAUGUUUGGUGGAGGGCUAGUGGGGGUAGUGUCAGGGAGGAGUUAGCCAAGUUGAAGAAGUGAAUGAGCAUGAAAGAUGUGAUGAAAUAGGGGUGACUGGGACUUUGUAUUGAGGAGUCGGUGUCAG